CCAAUGCAAAAUCUUCUUCCCACUUCAAUAGCAACAAUGAAUCUGACAUUUUCGUCAUCCAGUUCGGUUCCAGCAUUUCGACAACCCAAAUUGACCCACAACCCAUGGCUAAAUUUACAGAUGAAGAGACCCGUUUUCUCUAUCAUUCGCUGUGUGACGACCCGACCCGGUGGGAGAAAGUCGGGUCAAAUGACCCGUAACGGGUCAUCAUCAUCUGAGGCACAGGAGCUGGUGACUUUGGUUAUGAGGAAUUUCAGUGAUAAGAAGCCAUUGGUUAGCACUCUGGACAAGUAUGUUAAGUUUGUGAGGACUGAGCAUUGUUUCUUGCUCUUUGAACAACUUGGCAAGACUGAUAAUUGGCUUCAAUGCCUUGAGGUUUUCAGAUGGAUGCAAAAACAACGGUGGUAUAUAGCAGAUAAUGGGGUUUAUUCGAAAUUGAUAUCGGUGAUGGGGAAGAAAGGGCAGAUCAGAAUGGCGAUGUGGCUGUUCUCUGAGAUGCGUAAUAGUGGGUGCCGUCCAGAUACCUCAGUGUACAAUGCAGUAAUUUCGGCCCAUCUCCACUCUCGAGACAAAUCCAAGGCCUUGACAAAGGCUAUGAGUUACUUUGAGAAGAUGAAGGGAAUGGAGCGUUGUAGUCCAAGUAUUGUUACAUACAACAUUCUUUUGAGAGCUUUUGCUCAGGCAAAAAAUGUUGAACAGGUAGAUGCUUUGUUGAAAGAUCUGAACGAGAGCAUUGUCACUCCUGAUAUAUUCACAUUUAAUGGUCUGAUGGAUGCCUAUGGGAAAAAUGGAAUGAUCAACGAAAUGGAGCACGUUCUCUCUCGAAUGAAGAGUAAUCAGCUGAAACCAGAUAUCAUUACUUUCAAUAUAUUGAUUGAUUCAUAUGGGAAGAAGCAGGACUUUCAGAAGAUGGAACAAGUUUUUAAAAGUUUGCUUCAAUCAAAGGAAAAACCUACCAUUCCCACGUUUAACUCAAUGAUAACAAACUAUGGAAAAGCAAGGCUCAGAGAAAAGGCCGAGUUAAUUCUUGGAAAGAUGAUUGACUUAGGUUAUAGGCCAAGUCACAUCACAUAUGAGUGCCUCAUUAUGAUGUAUGGGCAUUGCGACUGUGUUUCAAAAGCAAGAGAACUAUUUGAUAGGGUGAUAGAAUCUGAGAAGGAGAAGAAAGUUUCAACACUGAAUUCAAUGCUUGAUGCCUAUUGCAUGAAUGGUUUACCCAUGGAAGCACAUGUUCUCUUUGAGAGUAUUCAUUCAGCCAAAUCUUUCCCUAUAGACUCCUCAACCUAUAAACUUCUAUAUAAGGCCUACACUAAAGCCGAUAUGAAGGAACUUGUACAAAACCUGCUGACCUGUAUGGACAAAGAUGGAAUCAUCCCCAACAAAAAGUUCUUUCUUGAUGCUUUGGGGGCAUUUGGGUCCCCACCAACAAAUCAAAAGGCAGUUGGUGAUAAUAAAGGAUUGAGCAAGCACAGGGGUCGUAAGUGAAAAAAGAAAGAGUGGCUUGGAGUUAAGAAAGCUGGUCAAUGCACUCAUCUCUCAAACGAUAAUGAGAUUCAAGAUGAGUUUUCUUCGUCAGACACAUUGAGUGGCUCAGUGAUAAUAUAUCAAACGGCAAGGACAAUUUUGGUCUCUCAGGUUUCAAGUUGGGAACCUCAUCACCUAUUUCUUCAGAGAAAGUGGUGCUUGAUACUUUACCUAGAGGGUGGUACAUUCAAAUAUUGGCCUUGAAGUUUUCUUGUUUGCAGCUCUAGAUUCUCUUAACUCUUUGUUGCAGCAAUGUUAUUGUUUUGCAAACAAUAAGAGAAGGGAGAUGAAAUAUCCAUUUUUUUUCACUA